CAGAGCUCGGGACUCCUAAGGAUUAGAGAUGUGAUUUCUCCCCACCAUCUCCCCCUCCCCCCACCCCAAAAGUUUAGCUGGCGAAUGCGAGACUGCAGGGUGCGGGGAAGGGGGCAGGCGCGCCCAGGGUGCUGGCGGCAGCGGGGUUUUGGAGCGCGGUUCCUGGGCGCUGCCGCGGGCGACCUCCCGGACCUGCCGGGGCGGAAUCCGGACUCGCCCGCCGAGAUGACGAGGAAUAAUUCUGCUACUGGGCUGACUUCAAGGACAUGAAUUGUUGACCUCUUCCCAACAUCAGAACCUCAGCUGCUAUUGGAGUUUUUUUUUUGCCGAAUUCAAGGCAAGUUGACUUUCUAUGGGCAUGAAAUUGAACCUUGUGGGGGUCUGAUGGAAAUUCACUGUGACAUACAAAUCAAGACAACUUGCUGAAACUCACAGAGCCUUUUUCUCCCCCAUGGGCCCUGAUGGUCGCCUCCAGAAGGUGCAGCCUCAGGUGGUCCUUCUUCUCUGGCAAGAAUAAACUUUGGAUCUUGGAUUGCAACACCACCUGUGGAGAAAAUGGUAUGCGAGGGAAAACGAUCAACCUCUUGCCCUUGUUUCUUUCUCCUGACUGCCAAGUUCUACUGGAUCCUCACAAUGAUGCAAAGAACUCACAGCCAGGAGUAUGCCCAUUCCAUAAGACUGGAUGGGGACAUCAUUUUGGGGGGUCUCUUCCCUGUGCAUGCAAAGGGAGAGAGAGGGGUGCCUUGCGGGGAACUAAAGAAGGAAAAAGGGAUCCACAGACUGGAAGCCAUGCUUUAUGCAAUCGACCAGAUUAAUAAGGACCCAGACCUCCUGGCUAAUAUCACGCUGGGUGUCCGGAUCCUCGACACAUGCUCCAGGGACACGUAUGCUUUGGAGCAGUCGCUAACGUUUGUGCAGGCUUUGAUAGAGAAAGAUGCUUCUGACGUGAAGUGCGCAAAUGGAGAUCCACCCAUUUUCACCAAACCUGACAAGAUUUCUGGUGUCAUAGGUGCUGCAGCAAGCUCCGUGUCCAUCAUGGUUGCUAACAUUUUAAGACUUUUUAAGAUACCUCAAAUCAGCUAUGCAUCUACCGCCCCAGAACUAAGUGACAAUACCAGGUAUGACUUCUUCUCUCGGGUGGUUCCGCCUGACUCCUACCAAGCACAAGCCAUGUUGGAUAUUGUGACAGCACUCGGGUGGAAUUAUGUGUCCACACUGGCUUCUGAGGGCAACUAUGGAGAGAGUGGUGUGGAAGCCUUCACUCAGAUCUCCAGGGAGAUUGGAGGUGUCUGCAUUGCUCAAUCACAGAAAAUCCCACGGGAGCCAAGACCUGGAGAAUUUGAAAAAAUUAUCAAACGCCUGCUAGAAACACCUAAUGCUCGAGCAGUGAUUAUGUUUGCCAAUGAAGAUGACAUCAGGAGGAUAUUGGAAGCAGCAAAAAAAUUAAACCAAAGUGGCCAUUUUCUCUGGAUUGGUUCUGAUAGUUGGGGAUCCAAAAUAGCCCCGGUUUAUCAGCAGGAGGAGAUUGCAGAAGGGGCUGUGACCAUUUUGCCCAAAAGAGCAUCAAUUGAUGGGUUUGAUCGAUACUUCAGAAGUCGUACUCUUGCCAACAACCGAAGAAAUGUAUGGUUUGCAGAAUUCUGGGAAGAGAAUUUUGGAUGCAAGUUAGGAUCACAUGGAAAAAGGAACAUCCAUAUAAAGAAAUGCACAGGGUUGGAAAGAAUUGCACGGGAUUCAUCUUAUGAGCAGGAAGGAAAGGUCCAAUUUGUAAUAGAUGCAGUGUAUUCCAUGGCUUAUGCCCUGCACAAUAUGCACAAAGAUCUCUGCCCUGGAUACAUUGGCCUUUGUCCACGAAUGAGUACCAUUGACGGGAAAGAGCUUCUCGGUUAUAUUCGGGCUGUAAAUUUUAAUGGUAGUGCUGGAACACCUGUCACUUUUAAUGAAAAUGGGGAUGCCCCCGGACGAUAUGACAUCUUCCAGUAUCAAAUAACCAACAAAAGUACAGAGUACAAAGUCAUUGGCCACUGGACAAAUCAGCUUCACCUAAAAGUGGAAAACAUGCAGUGGGCUAAUAGAGAGCACACUCAUCCAGCAUCUGUCUGCAGUCUUCCCUGUAAGCCUGGGGAGAGAAAGAAAACAGUCAAGGGAGUCCCAUGCUGCUGGCACUGUGAGCGCUGUGAAGGUUACAACUACCAAGUGGACGAGCUCUCCUGUGAACUCUGCCCUUUGGAUCAGAGACCAAAUGUCAACCGCACAGGCUGCCAGCUUAUCCCCAUCAUCAAACUGGAAUGGCAUUCUCCUUGGGCUGUGGUGCCCGUGUUCAUCGCAAUACUGGGAAUCGUCGCCACCUCCUUUGUGAUCGUGACCUUUGUCCGCUACAAUGACACUCCUAUCGUGAGGGCUUCUGGACGCGAACUCAGUUAUGUGCUCCUCACGGGGAUUUUCCUCUGUUACUCAAUCACCUUCUUAAUGAUUGCGGCACCCGACACCAUCAUAUGCUCCUUCCGACGGAUCUUCCUAGGACUUGGCAUGUGUUUCAGCUAUGCAGCCCUUCUUACCAAAACAAACCGAAUCCACCGAAUAUUUGAGCAGGGGAAGAAAUCUGUCACGGCACCCAAAUUUAUUAGUCCAGCCUCUCAGCUGGUGAUAACCUUCAGCCUCAUCUCUGUCCAACUCCUGGGGGUGUGUGUGUGGUUUGUUGUGGACCCCCCGCACAUCAUCAUUGACUAUGGAGAACAAAGGACUCUAGACCCAGAGAAUGCCAGGGGAGUGCUCAAGUGUGACAUUUCUGAUCUUUCCCUCAUUUGUUCACUGGGAUACAGUAUCCUCUUGAUGGUCACAUGUACUGUUUAUGCCAUUAAAACCAGAGGUGUUCCAGAGACUUUCAAUGAAGCUAAACCUAUUGGAUUUACCAUGUAUACCACCUGCAUCAUUUGGUUAGCUUUCAUUCCCAUCUUUUUUGGUACAGCCCAGUCAGCAGAAAAGAUGUACAUCCAGACAACAACACUUACUGUCUCCAUGAGUUUAAGUGCAUCGGUGUCUUUGGGCAUGCUCUAUGUGCCCAAGGUUUAUAUUAUAAUUUUUCACCCAGAGCAGAAUGUUCAAAAACGCAAGAGGAGCUUCAAGGCUGUUGUGACAGCUGCCACCAUGCAAAGCAAGCUGAUCCAAAAAGGAAAUGACAGACCAAAUGGGGAAGUGAAAAGUGAACUCUGUGAGAGUCUUGAAACCAACAGUAAGUCAUCUGUAGAAUUUCCGAUGAAACAAAAACAAAACCUCCUCUACCAAGACAACAUAUAUCAGCUACAGCAAUCAUUCAAUCUGAAACAGGGAAAUGAUAUACAAUACGAAGAAAUCUGGUAUGUGAUCUUAAACAAUGAACAUGACAUGCCAAAACUCACUCCUUGAAAUCUCUGUAGACUACAAUCAAUCACAUUGGUAGUCGGUCUUGUAAGGAACAAAAAGUAGUCAUGAGCCAAAAGUACCAAUAACAAAGAAUGAAGAAAUCAUUUUAUACAAUAAAACCAAUGAGUGUCAAGCUAAAGUAUUGCUUACUCAUAAGCAGUUAAAAACAAAAUCAAAUCCCAAAAGGAAAACUAAUGUUAGCUUGUGAAAAAAAAAUGCUGUUGAAAUAAACCAUGUCUGAUGUUAUUCUUGUAAGUAUUUUUUUUGUGGUUGUGAUAACUCUCCCGUUCCUGUCCUACAUUGUUCAACUUGUAAAAGACAAUGAGUCUGUUUCUUGUAAUGGCUGACCGGAUUGAAGCCCUGGGUUGUGCUAAACAUAAAUGCAAUGGUUGAC